AUUUGUGCUUCUUGUGUGUGUGUGUGUGUGUAGAGGAGGAACACCUCUCUCUCUCUCUUUCUCUCUGCACUUUAAGAGCGUUACCACUUCAGCCAACAUCCUGAAGCGGGCCACUCUCUACUCCACCCCUCCUCUUCUCUCUCCUCCAGAGCUAUGCAUGGACUCCAGCAGAGGAAGGCAGUGAGGAGAGCAACUUUUCAGAAGACAGACAAAUGGUGGGAAGGGGAUCUGCUGUCUUUUUUUACAGCGCAAGACUGACAAUAGGAAGCAAUCCUCCUUUCCUGUGUGUUUUCUGUGUAACAUCAGCAGGAUCAGCAACCUGUGGAUGGAACAGCAUAAAGGACAAGCAGCCAAAAGAGGAGAAGGGGGACACUGACACACAGGAUACCUACCUGCUCACUCAUCUGCUCUGCCUGUUGGAGUAACCUCCCUCUUGCUCUCUCCCUCUCCUCCCCCGGACAUGGGCCGCCUGCUGGCCCUGGUCCUCGCCUACCUGGCCUACCUGUUGGCCAUCGUCAUCGGCUCGGAGCGUCAGCAGCACCGCGUGAGGCACGGCCCCUGCAGCUACACCUUUAUCCUCCCCGAGGUUGAGCACUGCAAUCCCUUAAAGGACUUCCAGGUCAGCAACACCCUGCAGCGAGACUCCCCAUCGGAGGCCGAGCCGGAUUUGAAUCGGUCGAGGCAGGAUAAGGCCCAAAAGGAGAGGCCUUCCUGGCAGGACAAGAAACUGGAGAGUCUGGAAAGUGCCAUGGAGAAUAACACCCAGUGGCUGCAAAAACUGGAGAACUUCAUCCAGGAGAAUGUGCGCUCUGGGAUGGAGGAAAUAAAGAGAACUGCGGUACACACCCAGACAGCAGCCAUGCUCGAGAUGGGAACCAACCUCCUCAGCCAAUCAGCAGAGCAGACUCGCAAACUGACAGAUGUCGAGACCCAGGUGCUAAACCAGACAAGCCGCCUGGAGAUCCAGCUGCUGGAGUACUCGCUCUUCACCAACCGGCUGGAGAAACAUAUUCUGCUGCAGACUCAGGAAAUAUCCAGCCUCAGUGAUAAAAACAGUUUUCUGGAGCAGAGGCUCUUAGCCCUGGAGGCGCGGCACGGGAGGGAGCUACAGGGCCUGCAGAGUGAAAAGCAGCAGCUUCAAGAGCUUCUGGAGAGGCAGAGUCGACUGGUGGGUCAGCUCCAGGGCGAACUGGGCAGCUCCACGCUUAACAGCACUUUGAUUCAGAGACAGCAGGCCGUGCUCACAGACACUGUUCAGCAGCUGCUCACUAUGGUCAGCCACUGCAAUGAAAUCUCCAAUAUGCCCAAAGAGGAUUCGCUGCAUUUCAGAGACUGUGCGGAGAUCCUACAAUCUGGAGUGGCAGAGAGUGGAAUAUACAGCAUCCGCCUCCCCAACUCUACCCAGACUGUCAAGGUGUUCUGUGAUAUGAAAACUAGAGGCGGUGGCUGGACGGUGCUGCAGCAUCGGACCAACGGCUCAAUCAGUUUUCAGCGCGGGUGGAGGGACUACAAAAUGGGCUUUGGAGAGCUGUCUGGGGAACACUGGCUGGGAAAUGAUAUCAUCCACAAGCUGACAAGCUCCCAGGAAUACAGUCUGCAUGUCCAGCUGAAAGACAGAGAGGGGAACGAAGCCUUCUCGCAUUACGAUCGCUUCCACAUUGACGGAGAGGACCACAACUACAGCCUCCACGCCGAGGGCUUCAGCGGUACAGCUGGACGGACAAGCAGCCUCACCCACUCGGGCACCCAAUUCAGCACCAAGGACAGAGACAAUGACCAAUGCACCUGCAAGUGUGCACAGCUUGCAUCAGGAGGUUGGUGGUUUGAGGCCUGUGGUCCAUCGAACCUGAACGGCAUAUAUUACCCCGCCACGUCCAGUGUGGUUCGCUACAACGGCAUUAAAUGGUACUAUUGGAAGGGUCCCAAUCUGACGGCAACUAUGACGACUAUGAUGGUGCGACCGGCAAAUUUCUGAUGGCUCGUUCAUGGCGUGGCACUCCGAAGAAGCACACGUCACCUUCUGUAAAGAUACGCACAAAGCAGUUAUAUUUUGGGAGGACAUUUAAAUCGGACCAUUUCUUUUUCCAGCUUCUGGACAUUGGAAGGGUACUUUCACAACUGCCUGUGGACACACACACACACACACACACUCUCAGCAAAGGACUGUCCUGAGUGAGGAAUUGCAUUAACAAAAUCUAUGUACCAUGGUUUCCAGUCUUUAUUUUAAUGUGUUUAGCUGGAAGAGGUCGGACAGUAUGGUAUGUUGUGGUGUCUGAAUUCAAUAGAUUCACAUACAGUUAUUUGUAUUGUUUACCUAUUGUUUACUACUUUACAUAAUAGUGUAUAUUUAAAAAAAUAUCAAUUUCACACUAAAGUCUUUAUUAACUCUGUAUAAAAAGCCUGUUUCAAUACAUAACUCUCCCUGUGACUGUAAGUGACUAUAUUCCAGUAGACUCAGAAGCAUUGCUGCUUAUUUUAAAACGUUACUUUACAAUCCACAAACAAUACAUUAUUAGAUAACCUACAGUGCCUUCACUUGUUUACACAACAGCAUAAAGAAGUCAUGCCUCUCCUAAAACUUUAUUAUGUCAGAGAUUUGCUUCAUAAAGGCACAGUGUGCACUUUCACAGUGAUGAUCUGCUUAAAAAAGGAAAUGUCUAUCAUUUGGGAACAAAGCUGUAAAUGUUUUUUUUUACUUUGAUGAAACAAUAAAGUCCACACAUAGUA